AACUGCAUUAAAUUUAUACGAAGCAAGUAUUCAAUUUCUACAAGAAAGUUUAAAAGAUUUAUCAUGUCAACGACGAACGAUAUUGAAUCGAGGUUGAAGGAAAAAUUGGAUCAGCGAAUACGAAAAUCAUCCUACAGGAGUUUGGAUUUGCCACACGUAACAUCUCCCGGCCGAAUACCCAACCGUCAGGAAAAUACCUUUCUGGACUUUUCCAGUAACGAUUACCUCGGACUUGCGCAUUCCAUAAAACAACAAGAAAKCGUUGAGUCUAAAUAUAAAGCUCAUAUCGCAAAGCAUCCACSUCCCCAUCUCGGCAGCACAGGAUCACGACUGCUCUCAGGCAACUCUUGUCUGGCCCUCACGUUGGAAACAUUUCUAGCAACGGUGCACAAACGACCGGCUGCAAUUCUGUGUAAUUCUGGAUAUGAUGCAAAUUUGUCCCUCCUUGGCUCGUUACCCUUACCGGACGAUUUUGUUAUCAUGGAUGAACUUGUACAUAACAGUUUGAUCAUGGGAGUCCGAAUGAGUAGAAUUCCAAGCACGAGAGUUUAUUUCUUCYGUCACAAUGAUUCCAGUGAUUUGGAGCGUGUGCUCUCGCUAGUGACAGCAAAAAUGACUCAAGAACCACCAAGGAAGCAAUGUGUAUUCGUUGUCGUUGAGAGUGUCUACAGCAUGGAUGGCGAUAUUUCUCCACUGGAAGAAAUUUUGAACAUAUCCCUCAAGUACWGUACAAGUGUUAUUGUGGACGAAGCACACGGUUUAGGAGUCUUUGGUCGAACUAAUUGUCAAGAUCUGAAGCUUGCUAAAUCAAUUAAUCAUGAUGAMRCAAACAUCAGUCAUSAUACMGCUKCUGAURUCCAAGGAGGUACGGGAGUGUUAGCUGCACUGAAUCUAGAAAAUCAUCCAGCACUUCUUGCCGGAGUUUUCACAUUUGGAAAAGCAGCUGGCUGUCACGGUGCMGUCAUCACGGGGUCAAGAGUACUGAUUAACUACCUUAUAAAUUAUGCAAGACCAUUUAUAUAUUCCACGUCGCUUSCUUCUCAUUCUUUGGUGGCAAUUAAGUGCUYCUAUGACUCCAUGAUUGGAGCUGAUGGCGAACRRCUGAGAAAAARAGUAUUUCAAUUGAUCAGGCUCUUUCGUUCAAGRCUUUUAGAUGAGUUGGGUAAAUCUGGUGGCRUUGACACUGGUCAGUCCUUUCUUUUGCCAAGCAAGACUCCCAUACAAGGCGUGCUUUGUCGAGGAAAUGAAAAUUGUAUCAKAAUGGCGAAUGCGUUGAGGACGAAAGGAAAUAUCAUGGUYUAUCCAAUCCGAAGUCCUACGGUUGCCAAGGGUGACGAAAGAAUACGGAUUAUAAUUCAUGCACAUAACACUGAGAAACAGGUGCUUCACCUGGUAAAAACUAUUGUGAAUUUUAAAAAGCAGUUGCCUCUUAGACCUGAACCAGCAUCAGGGCUGCUUUCAGAUUCCAUCGGUGUUCAAAGAGGAGAUGACCAAGAAGAUAUGGUGAGAUCAAAAAGCUUUAAAAAGUCGACAAGAAGGCAUUAA